AUAGUGAGAGCAGCUGCAAUGAGUCAAGCUAAACAUCAACUUAUUUUUGUCCAGCCUCUCCAGUGCACCACUGACUGCAAGGACCAGAAUUUUGAUGGCAUAAUCUUGAUAUGCCAAAGUUAUGAGCAGCUUCCUGAUGAGCUGGAGUGUUUGAAAGCACCAUUACAGGACUACAGCGCAGUGGACUGUUGCGUUGCUGAGGAGGUGGUGGUGGUCAAGGUUCCUGGUCUCUCUGGAAACAGACUGGUGUUUGCCUGCACCGGUCCGGUGAAUCGGGACUAUGAUGAUGUCCGGCGCUUCAGUGACGCUGCUGCUAAAGGCAUUAAGAGGGCUCUGAAAGCUGGCAUGCUGCACCCUCUGCUGGUUUGUCCUCCACACAGCAGCUAUGCAAAGAGCACCUUAGUGGCUGUUCUAGGAGCCCUGCAUGUUCUCUACACGCCUUUAGAGGUGAGGGAGCACAAGUCGUCCCCUCAUAAGGUGGCUGUGCUGGGCGUCUGGGCGAAGAACCGGGCGCAGGGAGAAGCCAUUACUGAGCUGGCCACUGCUCUGGAGAGCGGCAGGUUUGUCUGUCGUGACAUCGGUGGCUCUGACCCGGAGCGAAUGGCUGCCCCUCGUGUAGCUGAGUAUGUGCAAGCAGUUUUCAAGGAUACUCCUGUAACGGUGACGGUAGUGAGUCAUUUAAAUAUUCUGGAGAAGGAGUAUCCCUGUUUGGCUGCGGUCAACCGCUGUGCUAACACUGUGCCACGCCACCAGGCCCGAGUGAUCAAGCUGCUGUACUGUGGGGAAGGACCCAUUCAACAGACCCUCAUGGUGGUUGGCAAGGGCAUCACAUAUGACACCGGUGGAGCUGACAUCAAGGCCGGAGGAGUCAUGGCUGGAAUGCACAGAGAUAAAUGUGGAUCUGCGGCGGUUGCUGGCUUCUUCCAGAUCUUAGCCAAACUAAAGCCCAAACACGUGAAGGUUGUGGGUGCAAUGGCAAUGGUGCGAAACAGUGUCGGAUCUGAUUGCUAUGUAGCGGACGAGUUAGUAGUGUCUCGUGCUGGUCGUAGAAUCCGAGUUGGAAACACUGAUGCUGAAGGAAGAAUGGUCAUGGUGGACUUGCUGUGUGAGAUGAAGGAGCAGGCAUUGCAGGAAGUGUCUCCUCAUCUCUUCACUAUAGCCACUCUGACAGGACAUGCUGUCAGAGCCAUGGGACCGCAUUACUCUAUCAUAAUGGAUAACGGUGCUGCUCACCGCUCAGGAAACGCUCUGCAGUGGCAGAAAGCGGGAGAGGUGCUGGGAGAUCUUUUCGAGGUGUCCACCAUUCGUCGGGAGGAUUACGAGUUCCACAAAGGGAAGUCUGAGUAUGAGGAGAUCCUGCAGUCCAAUAACCUGCCCUCAUCCGCCACACCACGUGGACACCAGACGCCCGCCGCCUUCCUCAUCAUGGCUUCUGGACUGGAUAAGCAUGGACUGGACUCGGACAAACCUCUGCCUUACUCCCACAUCGACAUUGCUGGAUCCAGUGGCCCUUUCCCUGGUGUCCCAACAGGCGCCCCAAUUCUUGCCAUGGCGACAAAGUACCUGGAGCUUUAAAUACACGUCCAAUGAUUUUUCUGAUCCUUCAUUAUUUCAAUUAUUUCCGUCUAGUGCCAUAUAUCUAUUAAUGGCUUUCAUAUCUGCUCCGCCUGACACGUUGUGUGUUCAUGUAAAACUGGGGCAAAUCAUGACCUUUGCUCCUUUUAUGAUGAACUGUCCAUUUUAUCCUUUUGUUGCUGCUCCAGAUUUACAUAAAUGCAUCUCUUCACGUCCUUAAAAACCGCUACGCACCUCUUAUUCACAACGCAAAACCAUCUUAUCCAAUUUUUCUUUAGUACUGUGCAGGUUUCCCGUUUCUAAUACGCAUUUAACGAGCUUAAAGUGAAUUAUCCAAACCAAAGUAGCCUUACAGUUUCUCAGUUGAUCUGACAUGAAAGAGGAGGUGGGGAAGUCGAGCCAGUGAUUGAUAUUGAAUUGCAUCUGUGACUUUGGUAAUACUGUGAGAACAC